AGCACAUAGCUCCCACAGCAGUCCGUUUGUGGCCCCCGUUGUUUGUGUGUCGUGGUUUCGAUCUGUGAAAAAACUUGUCAGUAGGACCGAAUUCCUAAUUUUUCUGGCAGACAUUCUGUCCCAAUCAGGCGGAGCGCAAAUUCAACAGCAAUGCAAAUAAUUCACCGUCGAUCUUAGGUGCAAAAUAAUCCAUAACAUGAAAUCCUCCCGUAACGAUUUCCUGCUGGUGUAGGAAUUUAGGUGUUUUCCUCAAUACAGUGGCAACAACGUGUGAAGAAACAAGUGUUAAUCCAUAGUUUUAGUGGUCAAAUUGCAAAAUACUAGCAGUCUUGAAUUUGACACAUACAAUAUCGCGAAGAAAACGUGAAACAGUGAAGUAGAGGAAGUAGAAGAAAAAUCUGGAGGAAAAUUCGACACCGAGAUAACAUCAUCCCCCGAAAAAGAGUAGGAAAAACCGAGAGAGAGCGAGGGAAAGCGAAAGAGUGCAUGUGUGUGUAUUUGCGGGCAAGUGUUUUGUGGAAUCCCAUUGUCACAGCGACAGUUGUGGAGAAACCCGGAGAAUACAUGCCACAGUUACGAUAAGAACGGGAGAACGGAUCGGCCAUUGGAAUUCACCCACACGAGGACAGACCCAUUUUGCGGAACGUGGCCAAACGAAAGAGAGCGAAUCGCGAGCUAGAGUGGAAGCAAAUACGGGCGAUAGGACCACAGUAUCCGUAGUGUUGUAGGCCCAAGUGCAGGAGAAACAAGAACAAAAGGAUUAUCAAUAGCCAUACACAGGAGCUGCUUUCGGUUCUCACGCACACAUACAGGCGCGCCUGGGAGCAGAGGAACACACACGGAACUCUGAAAAAGAGCAGGAGAGACCAGAGAUUCUGCCUUGAUAGGAUUUGUCUUGUGUGUUCUAUGCGACAGACGGAAAUUGAUCAGAACGAAAAAGUGAUAUCCAGGUUCUAGGCCAACCGUCAAACGUUGUCAGUCGCCAACAUCAGUCGUCAUAAUGUUAACGUAACACCUCCUUUGGAAAUUAAUUUGAUUAAAAUGAAAGAUCGUGAGGAAGAAGGGCGGAAAACUACUUAUGACGACGGCGGUGGCAAGUUGCGAAACAGGACCCAUCCGACAACGACAGCACUCGGAUCGGAGAAAAAAGACACCUCCAACUAAAAUGUCCUGGUGCUAGUUUUGUGCAAACUGAUUCCGGCGUCGUCUUCAACCGAACUGAGCCCAACCGGAAGCCGAGCGAGAACUGAUCGACCGACGGACGGCGGCUGGAGUUGAUGGAAAGAAGUAGAGCGGCGUUCGAACCACCGUUCAAAUAAUCGCGAAAUAGCAGCGACAGCGGCAGCAGCAGCAGUCAGCCUGCCAGUCAGUCGGUGUUGUUGUUGUUGCGGCUCCUGGUGUCAGUGGUUGUGGUGGUGGCAAACCGCCAACCCUUCCGACAGUCCGACUGCAAGCAGAACACACACACACAUUUUCCGAAUAUCGACUGGGUCGAUACGGAUCACUUAGAUAAAGCAAAAAAACACUUAGCUAAAACAUUAAUAAAAAAAACAACAACAAUCUAGGCAAUAGGAUUAUUAGAAAAAGAGAGAUAUUGAAGGCCGAAGAAAAGUGUAGUCUAUUGUAAUAAUCCAUAAAAAACAAAGCUGAGAUAUACUUAAUUAUUGUGCAAUCACCACACGCAUUCUCUAGCACUAAUCUUGAAAACACACACACGCAAACACAAAAGUGAAUCUAUUAUAUAAAUAUAUCAAACCGCAGUAGAAUAUUGUAGCAGAAGUUAAAAAAAUAACCCUCCCACGCACGCAUACAAACACACACACCAUACCACCCCACAAAGGCAAGAUGUCUUCGCAAACCGCAAGUCAGCAACAAUCAACCAAUGCGACACCACAGCAGCCGGCGGGGGGCGCAACGGGCGCCGGAAACGCGGGCAAUGAUCGCAUCAUCGACAGUGUUCUGUUUCCGCCGAAACACAAACUGACGGUGUCCGAGGUGUUCGAUCCCCACACUGGCAAGCCCCGCCCGGACGUGUUGAAGCAGCACUUCAUACUCGAGGGCCGGAUCGAGGAGAAUGCCGCACUUAGGAUUAUCCAGGAGGGUGCUGCAAUACUCAAGGCGGAAAGUACGAUGAUCGACAUCGAAGCGCCGGUCACGGUGUGUGGUGACAUCCACGGACAGUUCUACGAUCUGAUGAAGCUGUUCGAGAUCGGGGGUUCGCCUGCCUCGACCAAGUAUCUGUUUCUGGGCGACUAUGUCGACCGUGGGUACUUCAGUAUAGAGUGUGUGCUGUAUCUGUGGGCGCUGAAGCUGUGCUAUCCUACCACACUGUUCUUACUGCGAGGCAAUCACGAGUGUCGGCAUCUAACGGAAUACUUUACCUUUAAGCAAGAGUGUAAGAUUAAAUAUUCGGAGCGAGUGUACGACGCGUGCAUGGACGCUUUCGAUUGCUUGCCGCUGGCAGCACUGAUGAAUCAGCAAUUCCUUUGUGUUCACGGUGGCCUCUCGCCGGAGAUUCAAGAGUUGGACGACAUUCGGAAGUUGGACCGAUUCAAGGAGCCGCCGGCUUUCGGGCCGAUGUGCGAUCUGCUGUGGUCCGAUCCGCUGGAAGACUUCGGCAACGAGAAAAACUCGGACUUUUACUCACACAACACGGUGCGCGGUUGUUCGUAUUUCUACAGCUAUAAGGCCUGCUGUGAUUUCCUGCAGAACAACAAGCUCCUAUCGAUCAUCCGGGCCCACGAAGCGCAGGACGCUGGCUACCGCAUGUACCGGAAGAGUUCGACGACUGGUUUCCCCUCGCUAAUCACAAUCUUCUCCGCUCCAAACUACCUGGAUGUCUACAACAACAAAGCGGCCGUGCUGAAGUACGAGAACAACGUGAUGAACAUUCGGCAAUUCAACUGUUCGCCGCACCCGUACUGGCUUCCAAACUUCAUGGACGUAUUCACCUGGUCCCUUCCGUUCGUCGGCGAGAAAGUGACCGAAAUGUUGGUUAACGUACUUAACAUCUGCUCGGACGACGAGCUGAUCUGUGAGGGCGAUGACACCCUGGAAGAGGCAAAUGCCCGCAAGGAGGUUAUCCGGAACAAGAUACGCGCCAUCGGCAAGAUGGCCCGGGUAUUCUCCGUGCUGAGAGAGGAAUCCGAAUCGGUACUGCAACUGAAGGGCCUUACGCCAACGGGUGCGUUACCGCUGGGUGCCCUCUCCGGUGGCAAGCAAUCGCUACACAACGCCCUGCAAGGCUUCUCGCCCAACCACAAGAUCACGUCGUUCGCCGAAGCCAAGGGACUGGAUGCGAUCAACGAGCGGAUGCCGCCCAGGCGGGACACCACACCAACACCAAGCGAGGAGAAAACUAUAUCACUAGCGGCACCCAAAUAAUCAUCCUAAGCGAACGAACAACCCGAAGGCGGGCGCAUUUGUGUGUGUUUACGUGCGAAUGCAAAAAAAAAACAGUAGCGAAACAAUAUUAAGCAACAGCAACAAAACAAAGGCCAGCGUUGAGAUAGGGGCAGAGAAAAAAAACACAGAAAGCCGACAAACAAAAUUAAGAGAAGCAAGAGAACAAAGCUACACCCACACAACACAUAUACAUAUAAAAGAAUAUUAUAAUUAAAGCUACUAAAAAAACAAGAACAACUAUUAUAAUAAAUUAUGGAAGAAGAAAAAAAUUAAAGAAUAACUUAAGUAAAUCCACUAUUAUCUUAUAUUUGAAGCAAACAAAAGAAUAAGAGCGCAAGCAAACAACACUUUUGAGGGAGAUGGUGAGCGAAAAAAAACAGAAAGAAGCAAGCAAAACAAACAAACAAACAGAUGAUAACCGACCGCAACACAUUCAAAUAUUCAGACGUGAUUCGUGACACUGUUCGCUAGCUGGCCGGGAACAGAUUCUACUAAAAAAAAAACCAUAAGCAGAACGACAACAACACUGUACGAUUUGGAAAGAACAACAACCCGUAGUAAACGAUCGAUCGGAUAAGGUUGCCGCUAAUCAGCGAUCGGGCGUGGGAGUGUUGACAGUGUGUUUCGAUUCCCGUUAUGCUUUUUUUUGCAGUUAGGUUGAUUAGGAUGUUGGGCUUUUUCGUUUCGAGAAAUAAAUGGAAGAUAACGUUCAAUGAUGUGAUUAUAUUUUCUUUUGGAUAAGUGUGGGUCAAGAUCAUCGGAGGAUUGUUGAUUAAGAUUUCCAUUUUCAAAUGAACCUCUGUCGUAUAGAAAAGUAUUAGAUUAUAAAGUUUCUAGAAGAUCUUCAGAUCGGGAUCAGAACUACAAAUGGUCGUACCAGUUUCAAAAAAGGAUAUGUUAUAUGUUGUUUGGAAGGAGUGGUCGUUUUUAUUCGUAGGAGUGGCGUUAAUUCAAAAUCCCACAAAUCGCGAAGCAGUUUUGACUACAUUCCCAUCUACGGGAUCGAAAUACAAAACACAAUCCAACUUUUUAUUGAGCAUCGGAACCACAACACAUACCCCAACGGCGUAAGGCGUUAACUGCAUUGUAUUGUUGAUCGUGUCUCGGACCAAAAGUCUCAUGACAUUGAGCGUUAAUGUUAUGCCAUGUUCAGACUUGCGAUGUACAGCGUAUUAUCAAGGUUUGCAAAGCGUACGGAGCACGAAUAGAUAAUAUAAAUAGUUCUACUGCUUUCUGCUAACAAAGCUAAAAGAACAUUGAACUUCUACGGUCUAUAAUCCUCGCGAUAUGUGAACCAGAAAGUGGCCAGUAAACAUGUCCUUAUAGACACUGCAUAUGUUGGGUACACGAAUUUAAAGUUCACAUCAUCGAUUCCAGUUCUGGUCGAGGGAAUUUUUCGUCAAAAAAAUUUCCUUCGACUUGCACUGUGAUCACACUUAUUCUAGAGCUUGCCACUCAGAAUGCAUUCAAGGCGUGUUAUUCGGCAUAGAAAUCUCAACUAAGUACUAAUGAAAAUGACGCAAGUAAUAUUACGUUGAGACAACGAAAUUCCUCUAGAAACGUUUGUGCCACUUAAGCAGAUCAUUACAAUGAAAAAUUCCGAGCGGAGCCUUUGUAAUUUUCGCAACUGAUUCACGCUAACUGAAAAUACUGCUGUUCUCUCUUAACCCCUUCCCGUAUUAUUUAAUUCGUCACACAUCAAGUGAUUUCACUAGCCUGCUGAGCUUUCUAGCGCCCUGUGUUAUUCCAGUACCCACGAGUGAGACUCGAUGGAAAGGGUUAACGCUUCAUAAAGAAAAUAUCUCUUCUCAUCAUGCUCCUUUCGUUUCACGAAGUUUUGCAAUCAUCAUGCUGAAAGCCAACCAAAACAUUCAAAUGAAAGUUUCGUUGUAUUCGCAGCGUACUUACUGAAACUAAUGGAAACGUAGAUGUGCAGUAUGCCGGUAGGAGUAAUCGGUUGAACUGGUUUUGUGACUAACCCCUUCUUUUUUAGAAUAGAGGCGAAUGAACUGCAAAGUUGAAAGCCUCUCAAAAACAAAGAAUCAAUCAAUUCUUUUUUAGAAGACGGUCCGCGACAAUCCAUUGUGGUGAAAUAAAAACGAAUGAAACCUUCAAUUGAAGGAAGCGAGCAGCUCUUUGACAAUGAUAAUGAAUAUGGCCCUUUCGAGCAAUUUCAAUCGUCAGUUGAAAGCGCCUCCUGCGUGUUUUCAACUGUUCUAGUUGACCUAACCGUUGCUCAGACCGGGAUCAGAUCACUAUAAUAUCAUUCACCCCUGCUCCGGAACCCGAUUCGAUUUGAAAUUAGCAUAGUUUUGCAUUAUGUCAUCCGAACGUAUCAAAUCCAAUCAGGUUGUCAGUGUUUGGAUAUCGAUCAAUAUCGAAUGAUACAUAAUGUGUCAUGCAAGUAACCUCUCUCGAACAUAUAGCCAAACAUGAGUGGAUUAUUCAGAUACUUGUAUGAAUGACAGUAAUCACUUGUGUUACACUAAAUGAUUAAACAAAGACUUUUGAUUGCAUAUCCGAGCUGUACCAAACAUCGCACACCAUUUUCGAAGCCUGCAUACAAAUUUGAACCGCAUAUAUCGUCCCAUUAUAAUCUAGCGAAAACCACUGCACAGACAAGUGCAGCGAGAAAUGAUACGAUAAAAAUUACGCCCCAAUUCGGUCACCAUUUGCAGAGAGCAGCGAAUGGAAAAAGAUCUAAAACGAGAGAGUUUUCGUUUCUCACUGGAGUGGUGUUGCUAGUAGAACUAUGCUGUCUAUAUGAACAUAUAUUUCAAGGGAUAGCAGCGUUAAAAAUGAAAAAUAUAAUCUGACUACCCUUGCCUGAGCCUCUAACUAGCUAAACAAUCGUAUAGUUUGCACUCCCAGAGGCUUAUGAAUCAGGAUCUGCUACAUUCGCUUUGCGUAGUCCGUAUGAUCCUACUAUUUCAUGACGCAUGAAGAGGUUCGAUAUGUAUAUGUUAGAGCCCCCGCAGACUGCAUACUUUUUAUCGGCAGACAGUUUCAUCGAGUUGGCCUGUUUGUGCAAACACCGACCCAACUGAAUCGGUGUAAUGUGUGCAUAUGCAGGUUGUGCAAAUGUGGCAACCUUGCCACACCAUUCGACAUUGAUGACAUUGAACUUCGUGUUGCAUUUUUAUGAAGCGAAAAUGGUAAUGGAUUUUCUAACGGAAUGAACAGGCUUCAAAAAUAAAAAUUAAGAAUCACAAUUAACUUUUUCGUUUCUGACAUGUAAUUCAGAAACACGUUUUUCACAAGUGGUGAAAAAACCGUGAAUAAAAAUUGUAUUCGAUAUUGAUUUUAUAUUAUUGAUAAAGUUUAAGCGGAAAUGCUUGGAAAAUUAUAGAAAAUAAUUAAGUAAGGAUUAAAACUACGUGUUCAAAGUAUAUAAUAACAUCAAGUAAUAAUUUUCUUUCUAAUUCAAAAAUUUUAAACUGAAUUUGGACCUGCAGAUGUGAUGGAGAAUAAAUAGCUUUAGGAAUACGAAUGAAUUAUUUUGGCGUUUGUUUUGAGCCAAGGCAAUGUUGUCACUUUUACAUAUGUCUAUUGGGUUUCAAUCUCUGACGGAUUGUAGAAUGCAGAAGUUGAGAAUAUAAGUGAUAGAAUCAACGCCAAAAAUUUUAAACCCGCUCGUUUUGUUUCCAAUUAUACGAGGUUGGUGUAAUCAUUCGAAGGGUUCUAGAAGCAGAAGACGGUGUGACGUUACGUGUUGGAUUCAGAGUAAACAACUUUUUGUCAGAAAUAAAUAAUGCUGUAAGCAGCGAACUUCUUCAACAGCAACCGUGAUCUGGCAACUCUGUCGACAAUAUUUUUGCGGGUAAAAUGCGAUACACAUACAACAUUAACUCCACGUAAUGUAAUACUAAUAUUCUUCCGUGCAAUCCGCGAUGACGAACGUUCAGUGUCGACAUCUGGACACGACAUUCGUUUCUACGAGGUAAUCUGCUCUCUAUCACAUUAGCAGGCCCGAAGGCAGUCUCAAACUGCUAAAAUUUAAAUGACUAAAAAAUACUAAUUCAAUACGGAGAAGUUAACUUUCAUUCCUAAUUUUUCGGAGAACUUCGUUCCGCCCAAAAUUGAUAUUUUUGAUAUUUUGAUAUGAAUACUUUCAAACAUUCAUGUUUUCCUACCAAGCGAACAUUUGUAGGUCCAAUAGCAGAACUCUUCAUUGAUUGAUUACCUCUAGAUCCUUUAAAAUUUCAUUUUACUAUGAAUUUCCUAGUACUUUUACCAAAACUCGUCAUUAUAAUAUAAAAUUAUAUUCAGACACAAUUCUUGUUCAAGAUUCUUCAAUCACUUAACAUGUUCCUCCGUUACAUAGAAUACAUGUUUGGAACAGAAAACAUAAUAAAAUACAGGCAGCUCAAAUCGUGAGAUUCCUUCCUCGAGUUAGGCCUUAGAGAGGAGGAACAGUGUCGAAUCACAAUAGAAACAUCUCUUGCUCCCUAAAACCUCCGCAUGCCAAUUUUGGUUCCAUUUGCUUCAUUAGUUCUCGGGUUAUGCAGAAAUUUGUGUUUCUUGGUAACUGGUAACUGGUAAAGGCAACUGGAUGAACUGCGAAACUUGAAGUGGAUUUUUUGGUCAUUUGGGGUUUUCCGGCCACUGCUUUCUAACAAAAUAGUAGUUUUCUCAACGAUGGUAUAGUGGGAUACUUUUACGGGUGUCAACAAAACGUGUUGACUUACAAGAUCGAUUACAGUUUUCAGCUUGGGGUUUCCGAGAGAUGAUUUGCCUCUAUUUUUGUAUGCCUUUCCAUUGACUCUUGCCCUUUUUAUGACUCACGCUUUGUAAUUUGCCCGGCGAACACCACGCUUACAUUUCGUGGUCAUGUCUGGGUAACAAUCCAAAUCAGAAGACAAUUCGAUUAUGUUGAUUUGUGCAUGCUUCUUAGGAAAUCGAAUGUAAAUAAUGAAUGAAAUUGUACAUCUAUCACAGCGUUGCUCAUGAUGAUAUUUGGAAACAUGGACUUAUGGGGUUUCUCAAAAAAACGAAUUGGUGGAUCACACCAUUGAGGAUAAUGGCGGUUCCUUUGGCUGAAGGAGGCCAGGAUGAUGAUAGCUCAGGAACAUAGUUCGGAUGUGGCUUGCACAGGAAAAUUAAACACUGGAAAACUUCUAUACACGGGUUGGACAUGGAUUUAUUUACUCGAUGUAACACGGUUGAUGGUUGGAUUUGGAAUGAUGGUAUUGGAAAGGAAUUGGUUUGCAUGCACAUAAUUGUUUGUGUGCGUUCGGCUCAUGUUUCACUGCGCAUUUGUGUGUUAUUGUGUUGGCCGUGGUGAUGAUUGUGAUAGGAAGGAGAGGCUUGGAUGGGACAAGGAUAAGAAUGGGAAAGAAAUGUUGCUUUUUUCGAUUCUUGCUCCUCUUUCGCGAUGUCGGUCGCGAACACGAAUAUUUGUAACCCCAAUUCAAGGGGGUUCGUAGAACUAACUUUUUCUGAAAUUUUGAUAGUCGAUGAAGGUACCCUCAAGGACUCAAAAUCUGCCAAAAAGUUAAUUUUGAUAAAAAUGGCGUUUAUGGGGUUUCUCAAACAAACGAUUCAAUUAUUGUCAUUGUCGCUUCCCAAAAUCGGAACACAAAUAUCAAUAACCUCAACGCGGAUUUUUGUGGGAAGGUUCACAUACACCGGCAUAGUAACGGACCGUCAGCAAGUUUGUAGGAAAGAAAUGUAUACGGUGAUGGAUUGUUCGUUAGAUUCUUGUCGGGGCCUCAUGUUUCGGAUUUUUGUGUUGAUUUUUGUUGUAAUAUGUCUGAGACAAAAUCAUUAGAGAUUAGCUGAGAGUAAAAGUCAACAUACAUGAAGCAUGAAACAUGUGAUGAUGAAGUUUCAAGAUCUAUCUUCUUGCUGAGCGGGCAAGAUAGUUCAUCUUGAAUGGCUGGAAACGUUCCAUCGCCGCUUUGAACACAGAUAAACCCCGGAUAUGUGGUAUCGUAAAAUAUUCGAAAACAAACAAUUUUUUUUUAUUUUUAUUUUUUAAACUCAGUGACCAACGUUUUUUCUAACGGAAUUCAACGUGUUGAAAAUUGUUGUUGAAAAGACGGUUUAAAGGCGCCUACCAGCAACAGGGUGUGGUUUUUGUAAAUACAGUAGAAUCCGUUUAUUCUGACUCUGCUUAUCCUGACGUCUUUGUCACUUUGCUUCGAUGUCAUUAUAAACUAUUCCACUGUAGUUCUUUCUUUUUUCAUUCACUUACCCUUCUUUAUCUUAUGCAAGUUGGAAGCACGAAGAAGGCAAAGGAUUCUUGAAAACCUGCUCGAUGUAAUUUCAUGUGUUCAUUUUUGUGUUAGGUUCUACGGAAAAAGGGUAAGUUCGUCAUGAAUUUCCCUGAAUCAUGCAUUUCAACACCUUCUGAAAGCGUUCUACCUCAGAUCUAGCACUCGGAAUAUCAACAUUACUUUUGGCAUACACACGGUUAUUUUGCUGAUUGUGACUGUCCUGAAGAACACGGUUUUUACAUUUAAAAAUAAAAUUCUUUAUGAGAGACCCAAAAGUAUUUGCUUCUUUUCAUCCUACUUUGCUUUUGGCCCCUCAUCAAACCAUGUACUCGUUAUAUCGUUAUAUCGUUAUAUCAGUUCUCUCUGAGGAUCAUUUACAUCAAACAUUUGGUGUAGUUUGCUCAGCUCACGACCCGAACUUUCCAGAUUUCUUCUGAAUUUGCUGCGCGUGUCCUCAUUGUGUCCCACAUUAAAACUUCACGACUUCUUGAACUAUUUCGAGGUAGGGAAGCCACCGACUCACUCCGAAAUGUUAGACACUUUUGUAAAUGUCACACGGUUUGUACUUUUUUGAGAGUGGUUCGUAAAUCAUCUUUCACACUGCUUCCAUACAUAGUGCGGAACGUAAACAAAUAGAACCACGCCAUCACUCCAGUGAUGAACUGUCAAAAGGAUGAGCUUGAGCUUGGAUAGACUGUACACUUGGUAGUUGCUCUCCGUGAUUGGCCUGAACCAGCGAAAUUGCACAAAGAACACACCGAAUAACGCCCGGGAGUAGCAAAUCAUUCCCACUGCGCAAGUUUCGGUGAAUCGAACUUUAAAUAGUCAAUAACGACUUCGGCCACGUCCUUACAAUCACCAAGGGAAGGGAAGGAAUGUUAGUAUGAUGUUCGCCGCCCGAAGACCAGAAGGGUCGCUUCUAAAGCGUGGUUCCCUAGCGUUUAUCAAGGUAGGGAUAGAUGUUAGUGGGGGGAGGUAAGAAUCAGGAUACACUGUGGUGAGUGAUGUGAUUAGGAGUUUGGCCAUUUCUUUCGUUGCAUAAUAACCAGUGAUAACAACUAUUACAACAAGGUUCUUUUUCGGAGACGCUACUAUAGAGAUCAGUCCUUCGCAAGCAGAAUUCCAGCGAUAAUGCCCUGUUAACAUAAAACGAAGAAUGGUGACAUCUACUCUGAGACACAUUGUACUGUACAGUCAACACCGAGUUAAAAAUCUUUCGAGCGCGAUUUAUUUUUUUACUGGUCUUUUAUGGUUCCGACCAUAUUUUUGAGACUUGCAUGAGCACGUCUCCCUUUAAUAUCCUGCAUGGUAGCUGCAACUACUUUUAAGCAACGACUCUGAUCGAUACAUUAGGUUUGCGCUAGGAUCUGAAUGUCGCGUUGGGCGUCACGUCUCUUUGACAGUUAAUUUUGGAGAUGAGUGUUUGACUUGCAUCGAUAUUCUUUGCCUUCAAGAAUAAGGUAAUUGAAAUGUAUCACAAAAAUAGGAAUGGUAAAAUUGAUUCGCUGACGUUGACAAUGUGUUCCGUGUUCAUUUCCGUAGAAAAACACGAGCACUAGAUUGGCUGGAGAACGCCGCGUUGUGCAUAGCGUCGCGUCCGCUGUCAACGCAUGUUAGACGUGAUCGAUCGGUUUGUUAUUGCAACCCACCGUUCGCGUUACCGUUUUCUAACGGAAAUCGUUUUUGUAAUUUAUUCGGUUCACUGACAUUUUGGUUCUGUCAAUUACUGUUGUUUACAACUCGAUCCGGUUAUAUAGUCGAAUAGUGGCUAACUUUAAACUCCAUGUUAAAUGUAAACACCUCAAUGUGAAACCGAAAUAUGAAAAUCGCUCAUGCAGUUAGAAAUAAAGCAGCGCAUUUUUCUUUAUUUUUACUAUUUCCGUGAUUUCAACGAUUUCAAUCCUCGCAAAUGAUAUGUUGGUAAACAAAUGACGUCAUAUUGAUUUUGAUUUUGGGUAGCCUAUAUUUAAUUGAUGUCUAACCCCUGCAUGUUUUGGAUGCCAUCAUCUCGAGCAACACAUAUGUCAAAAAUCUAAGAACUGCUCUCCACUAUACCGCUGGACUUGGUUGGCUUACAAAAAUAUAACUUCAUUCAACAGCUAAAUCAGCUGACAGUGGUCCAAAAACUUUUUUGACGUGGGACUACGUCUAACCGGAGUAUAUGGGGAAUAAAAUGAAAACAUAAACACAGAACAUGCUGGAAAAAAUGAAAGAUUCCGAAUGCUUAUAACUCGAACAUUUCUUAUUGGAUCGGAAAGAUGUUUGCAUCAAUUGAUAGGGAAUAUUUCUACUCUUCUAUCGCAAUUAAUAAAAUGUUAUUUUUCAUUAGAUAAACUAUUGAAUAACUGUAAAAUGUUAAGCGUUAUCUAAACGCCCUAACUGCCUCAUUUUGACUGGCCCGAUCUACGGUUUCCCUGACACAGCCAUCAAAACCAAGCAGCCUUGGGGAAUUCGGCAUUGCAAAUACAUGAAUGUCGGGGGUAUUUUUAUUCCGACUGGAAUGUAUUUCCCCAACACAGAUUUUAGGGUACUUCUGCACUCACAUGUUUUUUUUUGCACUCCGAAAAGUGUUUUUCUAACACGGAUUACAAAAGCGGGUACGAACACCACACUUUGGCUCGGUUAUUCAAGAUUGCAUUGAAGGAUAUGCUUUCAUAUCUUCACUGAAUUCCUACGCAUACCAUUUGAUGAUUAGGCAAGAUGUUGAUAACCAAUUGUUCCGAUGACGCCUAUUGAUUCAACAAUAUGCGUUCGACGUACAUGUCAAAAUCGAAACUGAGUGCCUGAAGUUCAUCAAAUCAAGCAAAUUUGCGGUUCGAGAAAUACGUACACUUGAGAGAUGCUCAGAAGGAAACGUAAAGUAAAAUAAUCGUUUGAUAAUUCUUCCGUUCACAUAUUUUGUCCUAGGCAUCAUACCAAACGUAAAAGAACUGUCAUUAAAUUUACUUGUAGCGAAGAACAUAAUCUAGCACAAUGCACUAAUUGACCUUAUUUGGAAUUAUACAAUAUUUUUACUCACAAAGCAAAUAUAUUGAAUUCAAUUGAAUUCGGGAAUUGUUUCAUCCAAUCAAAAAUUUAAUCAAUACAAACGAAUGAUUGCUACGCUAAGGUAGUCCCACGUCAACCUCGCGAUUAUAUCAUAGAUAUAAACCACCCAUUUUUUUAUUCCAUAUCCAGCUGAGAUGUUGGCACUUUCAGAGCACAAGCAGUAAGAUAGGCAGGGUCAUAUAGAUGAUUUGACCAUAACGAAGGCAAUUCACUGGAAAAAAUGUCAGAUGGUAAAUUCAACACAAUUCCAGUUUUCUAAUGAGACGAUUAUCGCUCAUCAAAAAUGUUUUUCCUUCGAACGUUCCUAGUGGUGCGUCCCUGUUUCGAGGUAGUAUUACUUGCCCCAAAUAAGAUUAUUAAUGAUUGAUUAAGAUUUGUUUGUUGAAUAACAUGCCUUAAUUGUAUUCUGAGUGGCACCGACCAUAUUGAGAAUCCGAAACGCAACCGAAACUUCUAGUAUUCUCUGUGUGACACUAAACGCUCUGCAACAACCACAAAAAAUGUUUCUUUCCAUCACUAUUUCUUUUUCAAGAAAACCAUAGUGUAGAGUUGUGAUGAAACAAACUCAGUAACUGGAAGGUAGUAUGGUGAACUGGCUAAAUCUAGAGCAACAUGUCAAAAGAGUUUAUCUUCUUCGAUAGAUUCUGAAAGACCGUGGUUAUUGAAAGAGAAAGUCGAUGAAGAGAAUCGACUAAAGAAGAUAGGCCCUUUUGCUCUAGAAACAACAUCAGCAGUGUAAGUGGAGAGAUUGGUGGUAUAAGGGCAACGAGACGGUAUCUAUUAAUAUAUACACGUAAUUAAAGUGAGGCCACAAUUAAACUCGAAAAAUAAUCACAAUUCUUCAAAGCCAAAACACUAAAAUUAAACUAAAACCAUUUUAAAACAACAACAAAAAAACCAAGGCUUACUUAUCCAGUUUCGCUAGUCAAAUUUGAAUGCACUUUAUGGAAGGCAGCGAACUUUGCAGGAGAUGGAUUUCGAUACAACGGUAAUCUUUGUAUGAAUUAUUGAAUCAGAUCAAUUUCGGAAAUGAAAAAUAUGGAUAUGAAAAGUUAGACUGUGAUUGUGCGUUUCCAAAAGAUGUUGGACUAAUGGAUUUUCUCAUUAAUUUACUUUUUUGCACAUUAAUUACCAUAGUCAUGUGCAGCACCAACAACAACAAAAACGGCGUUUUUUCGGGAUAAAACAGCUCUUAAUGUUAUUACGAUGUCUCCUCAUCAAGAUAAGUGCCGAUUCUGUACAGCUGAAGUGCGGUAAUCACUCCAACCAGUCUUGUAUUCCUCCUCUCGGAGCAGGGCGAGUGGAACGAAAUAAACAACUUCCGAUAAUUGGAUGUAUGAGAACGGGCGAUGAAACUUUUUCUUGUCUGCUCAUCGGCAGACAACAAUUAUAAAUUUCUGCGAAGCUAAAAGCACCACAUCACACUGUUUACACUCCCGGUGAGCGGUAAGCCGAAAGGAUUCCCCUUAGCACUGAGCGGUAAAGAAUGACGGUAAAAACCACUGUGAAGCAACCAUCAUGUGACCCCUUCAGCUGAUCCUCUCCUCGCAGCAGUAUGCAUAUUAUGAGUGAAUCGAUAAAAAAAACUUUCCUCCAACGAAGAUCAUUAACACGGUGGAUUUGCGAAUACACAACAGAAAACACACAUAAUGUAAAGUGAAAAAGAGUGGAAGAGAAUUGAUAAAUAAACACAAACAAAUAGACACUCACCUGUUGGAAAAUCAGAAAUAUUUUAGAGAGUAAUAGUUCAAGUAAUAAAAGAAAAAAAUAUCAAUCGAAUUAUUGUUGAUGUUUUCUAGCUAAGCAAAGAUGCAAAACAAAACAAACGCAUGCAUACUUACUCACACACGAAAAACAAAUCAAAUCAAGUUGUAAACGCUUGCGAAUGGAAGCUCUUUUUGUUUCAAUUACCGAAACUCGAUUACCACAAAUCAUGUUGCGUUUCUGGAUGACCUAUUCUUGCACACUCACAGAAAUGGAAACCCCGCCCUUCUCCCACGGAAAAUCAAAACCAAAGCAAGCGAUGUAUCGCCUGGUGCUUUGAUUAAUGGCACCUGCUCUUUUCACCCACAAUCAAACCCAAAAAAAAGUCAACGAUGACUUUGUGAUCGAUCAACGCACACACCCAAAACAAAAAAAAACUGAAUAUCGUUAUCGUUAUCUCUAUCUACACAUGACGCCAUCAUACAAUCACAAUAUGAUAUGACAAAAACUAAGAUACUAACAGGUUUCUCGUGUCCCGCUUGGCGAAUCUCCCUACCGAUCAACAAACGCUUGAACUAUCAUUCUCCAAACAUCUCUAUUCACUCACCCACACAAUAGAUAACGAACAAAUUAACAACAACAACAAAAAAGCUGGUGCCUCUGCCAGAUGGAAAAUGUCAAAUUCACAACCUUAACAAUAACUCAAAUCGCAAACCCCAAAAAACGGAAUAAGGGAAAUUUAUUUUUCUCUACAACAAAUUUUGCGUGCAAAAAAAAUAUAAGCGAACCUAACCUCUACUCAUAAGAUGUUAACUAAAAGCGAACAAAAAAAAACGGAAACACAACUGAUUGGAAAGCAAACAAACGUGAAGUGGAAGUGUAGCGAA